CAAACAGUAAAUCAGUGCGACAUCAUUGCUGCUAUCCACACUGCCUGCACAGGCAAACGUCUGCUGCGUCAUCGGAGGACUGCGGGACCCACAAACACCGGUGGUUCCCCUGCAGUGCUGGAGAUCAGCGAUGGGACGGGGAACAGACAGAGAGAGACAGGGAGGGAGAGAGGUGAGCGCUGCUGCAGAACAACAUUGAGCACAGAACGACGCACAGAGGCACAUCUGCUCCAUCCCGGCGUUAAUCCUGUUGCGGUAGCCAUGUUCUUAAACCAGCUGAGGCCUCUGGCCUUUGGGAAAAUGUCCUUUGUGGUUUUCAUCCUGACCUCUGCCGUCUCAGUGGCUUCCCUGCCUGCUGACAUGGACAAGGGAAGGAGGAAGGUGGUGCACGUGCUCGAGGAUGACACCGGAGCGGUGAUCGUGCAGACAGCUCCGGGUAAAGUGGUGACACAUCGCGGCGGCUCCAUCACUCUGCCCUGCAGAUUCCACCACGAGCCGGAGAACACCGACCCUGACCGCAUUCGGAUUAAAUGGACCAAAGUGACCGAUGCGCUGCAGUUCGAGGACGUCUUUGUGGCACUUGGAAGGCAGCAGCGUGUGUUUGGAGCUUAUAAAGGCCGUGUGUUUUUGGAGCAGGCGGGACCAGGUGACGCCUCGGUAAUCAUCCAGAAUGUCACGCUGGAGGACUACGGACGCUUUGAGUGUGAAGUCACUAAUGACAUGGAAGACGAUACGGGAUUUGUCAACCUCGACCUAGAAGGAGUGGUGUUCCCCUACUACCCUCGUGAGGGGCGCUAUAAGCUCAACUACCACCAGGGGGAGGAUGCCUGCAAACAGCAGGAUGCCAUUCUGGCCUCUCACUCUCAACUGCACAAGGCCUGGCUGGAGGGACUAGACUGGUGUAAUGCUGGAUGGCUGGAGGACGGCUCGGUCCAGUACCCUAUCUCUCAUCCCAGAGACGAGUGCGGCCGCAAGGACAACCCCGCUGGCGUUCGGAACUAUGGCUACCGGCACAAGGAGGAGGAGCGCUAUGAUGCCUUCUGCUUCACUUCCAAGCUCAACGGCAAAGUGUACUUCCUCAAACGCUUCAAGAAGGUGAACUAUGCGGAGGCGAUGAAGGCCUGCGUUCGAGACGGCUCAGCGGUGGCCAAAGUGGGUCAGCUGUACGCCGCGUGGAAGUUCCAGCUCCUGGACCGCUGUGAGGCCGGCUGGUUGGAGGACGGCAGCAUCCGGUACCCCAUAGUCAACCCCCGCUCUCGCUGUGGGGGAUCCCAGCCAGGCGUCCGACACCUGGGCUUCCCUGAUAAAAAAUUCCGCCUCUAUGGCGUCUUCUGUUUCCGCAAGAACAAGGACGAAACAGCAGGCGGCACUGAAACGACAAAAAGCCCCGCAGAGAGUUUGACAAGGAUGAAGAGCGGCAACAGCAUCCCCAUCAAUGCCACCACGGUGAUUUAAAGUGGAGAGACUGGGGGUGAGAUUUAGGAUUUGACAGCAACAACUGUCGCCACAGCAGCCGACUCCAUUCAUCGCUUUCAAAGUUAAACGCUCGCAGACAUGAUGCGCUCAUUUGCAGAUUUGUUAGAGACAGGAAGCGAGGCUGUGGUAAAAAUGAAGGGUGGCAUCUUUAUUACCUCCAGCCAGUCAAUCAUCUUAAGGAGUGAGUGUGUUAGCGCAUCUGUCGCUGGGAAAACCAGGAGGUUAAACAGCAGCUGUAUCAUCAGCCAGGCUCACAUCAGAUCAGAGAGUCUGCCAUGAAUAUCCUUGUUUACGUGUGUGUGUGUGGAUCAUAUGUUGGCCGCCACGCUGUGGCUCUUGAGCUCCAGUCUGAGCCAGAAACCCAGCUCCAUCUCCGGGUGAGACAGGAUCAUCUGCUCAACAAAAAUAAAAAGUAAUGUAAUUGCCUGUUUCCGAGUGCCGAGCUUGGUUAGCAAUCUUCUGGCACAAUGUGAGUCAUUUUCCUCAUUAACUAAGACCUGGCAAAUCUCACCAUCAGAGCUGAACAAGUAGUUAAUAUUGCACUAGCUCUAAAAUACUUGCACUUUGAACACACAGAGCUUUAUUCUACGAUAGCCUCUUAGCUUAGACUAAAGCAUGUGUUGCUUGAGAGUAGAUGCUGAGGCUGAAUAAGCAGAGAUGUAAAGCUACAAUAAUUGCUAUUUACCUCACAUACUGCACUUCUUCUAAGCUACCUGGGCAACAAAAUGCACUAUAAAUGGUACACGCAGCAUCCUUUAUCACAGAGUAUGUCUGCCACUACAGAAUGGAUGAAUGUUCUUGAAAGCUAAAUAAAAGUCUUAAAAAUG